GGCGGGCGGGAAGGAUCCAGCCAUAAAUACUAGAGGUAGAUCGUUCCCCUUCAAGGCGCAACGACCUAAUGGGCUGCCAUCCCUAGCCGGCGCGGCCAUGUCCAGCGACGACAGCGUCGUGCCGCUGUCCGAGGCCAUCGCGGACUACGGCGGCGACCACGGGGCCGACGGCCGCUACUCGUGGUCCGAGGGCGACGACCUCGAGCACGAGGAGAGCAGCGCCCAGGAGCGCCUCGCCUGGAGCCUGCAGCAGCGCGCGAGCUCGCGCGCGGCGCUGGCGCUCGAGCUCGCGGCCUGGCCCUGGUGCGUCGCGGCGACGGUGCACCGGCGCGACGCGCGCGCGCGGGGCGACGCCGGUAGCGCCGCGCGGUGGUGGCGGCCCGGCGCGGGCGCGGGCCCGCGGCGGCCCGGCGGCGCGGUCUUCUCGAAAUUGCGGCGCCUCGACGUCGGCGACGUCCACGGCGCGCGCUGCGAGGUCCUGCGCACGCUCGGCGCCUCCAUCAUCGAGCGCGACGACGACGACGGCUGGGCCCUGAGCGCGGAGGGCGUCGCCGUCGAGGCGCUGCUCGCCGGCGGCCCCGCGCACGAGUCCGCGGCGCUGCCCGACGACGUCGCCCGCAACGUCUGGGCCGUCGCCAAGUGGGACGCGUCGCCGACCUGGGGCCGCGCCGUCGCCGGCGCCCUGCGGGGCCUCUGCGCGGCGAACGGCGGCCCCGAGGCCGUCGUCCGGCGGCUUUUAGGCGCUCGGCACGGCCCGCCCCGGCUCCUCGCGGCGCUGCUCGCGGCGGCCCUGAGCCCCGGCGUGCCCGUGCCGGCGGCGUCGCGCCUGGACUGGGUCGACGCGGCCAUGGACUGCGGCUGCCUGCGCCGGCGGCGCGCCGCGGAUCUAGAAGACGGCGCGGCCGCGCCGGGCCCGCUCGACGACGACGUUGAGGUCGUCGCCGACGACGACGAUUUGGACUCGCCGCGCUACGGCGAGACGCCCAAGUCCCCGGCGGCGCCGCGGACGCUGCUGCGGCGCCGCGUGCCCAACUGGAAGCUCACGUGCGCCGCGCGGCACGCGGUCGGGCGCCUCGCGGGCGCCGCGGGCGCCCGCGGCCGCGAGAGAUGGUGGGACGACGGCGACGGCCGCGGCGGCCCCCGCGCGCGGGCCGAGCGCUUCUCCCGGUGGUGGUACGUCGUCCGGUCGCCGUCGGCCUUCGCGCGGCACCGGCCCUGCGCGGCGCCGGGCCGGAAGCGCGAGAGCGUCCCGGGCUACGAGGCGCCGGGCGCGGCCCUCGACGCCGAGGACGCCUGCGACACGGGCAGGGCGCUCGGCCCCGGCGCGACGGCGAACGCGUCGGGCCUCGGCGACGGCGGCCUCGCGGCGCUGCCGCGCGGCGACCCGGACGCGUGGGCCGCGCUCCUCCGCGCCGUCGGCGGCGGCCUCGGCGCGGCGCUCUUCGGCGCGGCGCCCGGCGCGUCGUCCUACGCGCGGGACGCCGGGCCCGAGGCCUGGCUGCGGCCGCCGCGGCUCGCGCUGCCCGCGGCCGCGGACGCGUGGGCGCGCGCGGCGCCCUGGGCGCGCGCGGCGCUCGCCUUCGGCGACGUGCCCGCGGCGGCCUGGCGCGAGGAUUCUGGCGACUACGGCCCGGAGGCCUUCGUGCUCGGGCGGCCGGGCCCGGGGUCGACGCUCCUGCUCCAGCUGCUGGCCGCGGCGCCCGCCGAGGGCGCGGGCGCGAUCGCGCGCGUCCUGGAGUCGGCCGUCGCCGCGCGCGACGCGCCGGGCGUCCGCGCGGCCUGCGCGCUCGCCGUCGCCGCGCUGCGGGCGCCGGCGUCGAGCGCGGUCCGCGGCAACGACGGCCCGCGCGCCGCGUGCCCGCCCGCGCUCGCGUGCCUCCUCGCGGACGGCGACGGCGACGUCGACGACGACGCGGCGCUCGAGCGCGCGGCCGAAUGGACGCCGCGCCAGGCCGCGGCCUGGUGCGCCUGCGCGACGGCGAGCUCCCAGGCCGGCGGCGCGACCGCGCGCGCCGUCGAGGCCGAGCUGUCGCUCGCGGCGUCGCUGUCGCCCGACGACGUCCGCGACCUCUUCUCGGGGGAUUUGGACGCGCGGGCCGCGGUCCUCGACGGCCGCGUCGACGCGCUGACGCGCGUCGACCUCGAGCGCGAGCUCCGGAGUUUGGACGACGCGCGCGCGACGGCGCCCGCGGGCCUCGCGGCCGCGCGGGGCGACGUCGCGCGGGCGCUCGCGGCGUCGCGCGACGGCGGCCCGCCGCCGUUGGCCGCGACGCUGGCCUUCGCGGCCGCGACGGCGUCCGGUGCGCUGCUCGACGCCGAGGACCAGUGGGACGGCUUCCGCCUCGCGGCCGCGCCGGCCGGGGCCUGGGCGACGGCCUGCGAGUGCCUCGCGCUGUCGUCGACGGCGCUGCGCGCCUGCGACGACGCGGCGCUCGACGCGCUGUUGGGCCCCGCGGCGGAGGCGCUCGACGCCUACGUCCGGGCCGUGCUCCAGGUCCGGAAGAAGGUCGACGCCGCGCGGAAGCGGGCGACGGCGCGGCGCCGGCGCGGCGGCUCCGAGUCCGACGAGUCGUCGGCGGAGAGCCCCGACGAGGACAAGGCCGACGAGGAGGCGGACCGGCGGGAGCGGGACCUGCUCGGCUUGGCGGCGCGGACGCGGGCCCCGGACGGCGAGCGCGCGUUCCUGGACAAGGCCUGCCCCCGGGGCGCGGCGCUCUUCUCGCCGCUGCCCUCCUACGCGGCCGUCGUCUUCGCCUGCGAGCUGCUCCACGGCCUGCGGCGGCGGGACGCGGGCGAGGCCGUCGCGCGCGCGCGCGCGUCCGCGACGCGCGUCGUCGGCGUCGUCUUCCGGGGCCUCGACGACGCGACGUGCGCGUGGCUCCGGGACCUCGGCGGCGCCGCGGGCGACCUCAAGGCGGGCCGCUGCGUCGGGCUCAAGGCCGCGGCGUUGGCGUCGGACCCGGCCUGCGCGGACCGGUGCGCGACGCCCCUCGUCGCGUCGUUGAAGCAGCGGCAGGCGACGGCGACGAUGCGCGGCGCGCUGGGCCUGGGCCCCGCGGGCUGGCGUCUGCGGGACGCGUCCGCCGGCGGCGUGUCCCUGGCGCCGCGGGACGACGCCGAGGACGCCGCGGAGGACGUCUUUGUGGAGGUCGCGUCGUCGAAGACGACCCGGUGCCGCCGCGGGCGGGGCGUCGCGCGCGACGCGCACGCGCUGCGGAAGGCGCUCGCCCGGCUCCACGGCGCCUGCGCCUGCGACGGGGAGCUCGCGGCGCGCCUCGGCGAGGUGCUGCCCUGCCUCGCGGCCGCGCGGCUCCGCUGGCCGCGGCCGCCGCCCGCGCACGGCCGCCGGCCCUGGAGUUUGGGGGGCAACGAGGCGUGGUGCGCGUUCGACGCGCCGCCGGCGCACCGGCUCCGGCGCGAGCCGAAGCUGCGCCGGUCGUCGUCGGACGCGCGCGCGAACGUCUUUGCCAUGGCCAAGGACGACGGCCGGUGCGUCGGCGACGGCGUCGCGGCGCUCGCGGCCGAGGCCGACGCGCGGAAGACGCUCGACGGCCAGCGGACGACGCCCUUGGACGGCGCGAUGCUGGGCCUGGCCCUCGUGCCCGACGCCGCGCGGCCCGCGGCGGCCUUCGCGGCGCCCGGCGCCGCGCGCGGCGGCGGCGGCCGCGGCGACGACGACGAGGACGCGGCGUUCCGCGGCGCCGCGCGCGCCGCGGCGCUGCCGGCCGUCGGCGCGGCGACGCGGAGCCGCGUCGCGCCGCCCGGCGACGCGUCGCCGGAGCGCUGCUGCGACCUAGAUGCGGUGGACGUGCGCCGCGACGCCCGGCGGGGCGACGCGCGCGCGGAGGCCGCCGUCGACGAGCUCCGGUUCCGGAGCGCGUGGACGACGUGGCUCUGCGGCAGCUCGCGGCCCGCGCGGCGCGCCGCGCUCGGCGCCUACAACGGGAGCGACCGCGGCGACACGCUCGGCGAGUACCGGUUGAAGCUCUGGCUGUCGCGGCUGCUGUCCGACGCCGCGCGGCGCGCGGGCGACCGCGACCCGUCGAGCGCGCAAUCGGGCGACGGCGGCGGCGGCGCCGCGCGGCGGCUUUUGAUGCUCCAGAUGCUCGGGCCGAACCUCGCCGACGCGGCGGCGGCGGCGGCCUGCCGGCGCCUCGCGGACGCGGGCGCCGUCGUCGACGGCGAGGGCGCGUUCCCGCUCUUCGACGCCGCGAAGAACGGCCGCGCGCGCCUCGCGGCCGCGCUCCUCGAGGCCGGCGCGCCGCCGCGCGCGCCGCCGGGCGAGUGCCUCGUCGGCGCGGCGCGAAGCGCCCGGGCCUUCGAGCUCGCCGAGGAGCUCCAGGCCGCGGGCGCGAAGCGCUCGUUGCCCUGGCCGGACCCCGCGCGCGGCCCCGGCGCCGUCUGGCCCGGCUGCGAUCCCGACGACCUCGCGCCGGCGGAGGACGUCGACGCGGAGGAGGACGAGGACGAGGAGGAGGACGGCGGCCCGCCGGACACGACGCUGCCCUGGGAGUGGGUGCCCGACUCGGCGGCCGCGGUCCGCGCGCUCGCGAAAGCCGGCUGCGACGUCCGCGCGGGCGGCGACGCGCUCCUGCACCACUGCGUCCGCUACCGGCUCCUCGACGCCGCCGAGGCGUUGCUCGAGGCGGGCUGCGACGCGAACGCGCGGGACGGGGCGAACCUGACGCCCCUGCACUACGCGUGCGGCGCGCGCGUCGUCGAGGCGCCGCCGCGCGCGCCGCGCGGCGACGACGACGACGUCAGCGACGACGAGGCCGCGCUCGAGCGCGCGCGGGGCCGCGCGGCCUGGCCCCGGCCCCGGGGGCGGCGCCUCACCGUCCCGGAGGGCUGUCGGCCCCUCGCGACGACGUCGCGGCCCGUCGCCGGCGCGCCCGCGGCCGCGGCGCGCGGUGGCGUGCCCGCGGAGCUGCGCCUCGGGUCGCCGAGCGCCGAGGCCGCGCGCCUGCUGCUCGCGCGCGGCGCGGACCCCGAGGCGGCCUGCGGCUUCGGCACACCGCUCGCGGUCUGCCUCCGGGCCGCCGCGGCCGCGCGCGGCGACGCGGUGGGCCGCCGCGACGACGCGUGGUACGAGGGCGACGCCGCGGCCGCGUCCGCCCAAGCCUGGGCGCGCGGCGCGCCCCUGGACCGGGCCCACGGCCUCGUCGACGCCGUCAACGCCGCGCGGCACCCCGGCGCGAGCGCGCUCGCCGCGGCGAGCGCGGCGGCCGCGGCCCGCGGCGACAAGCGCGCGCGCGCGCUCGCCGCGGGCCUCGCCAUGGCCGCGGCGGUCGCGAGCGCGCCCCUGGACCCGCACGCGCGCGCGGCCCUCGCCGAGGCGUCGUCCCUCGCCAUCGUGCGCGGGCUCCUGGACCGCGGCGCGGACGCGGCGAGCUUCGCGGGCGAGGCCUGGGCGAACCCGGUCGCGUGCGCCGCGGGCAGCGGCCAGGGCGACGCCCUCGAGGCGCUGCUCGAGGCCGGCGCCGACGCCGCGGCGGCGGACGCGUCGGGCGCGACGGCGCUCCACGCGGCCGCGGGCGGCACGGACCGCGGCGACCCGGACGAAAAGGCGACGUCGCGGCCGCCGUCGCCCGCCGCGCGCGUCGCCGGCCGCGCCGCCGCGGGGCGCUGCGCCGCGGUGCUCCUCGGGGCGCUGCCCGGCGACGUCGUGGCGGCUCGGGGCGGCGCGGCGCCGGCGACGGCGCUCGUGCACGCCGCGCGGAACGGCCACCUCGACGUGUGCCGCGCGAUCGCGAACUACGGCGAAGCGGCGCCCGACGCGGCGGCGGCGCUGGCCCUGGCGUCGGCGGCGGCGGCCGGGUGCCGCUGCGGCGACGCGACGCAGGUCGGCCGGGCGCUGGAGCUCCUGCAGGCGCUGGGCGACGGCGGCGGCGCGGCCGCGUUCCGCGGCGUCCUCGCGCGGCCCGGCGCGGUGCCGCCGCCCCAGCUCUGCGUGAUCACCGACGCCGCCGCCGCGCUCGACGCGCUCCGGCGGCUCGCGCCGCCGGACGUCUGGAUCGCGGCGCCGCCGCCGCCCGCGGCCGCGGCGGAGCCCGCGCGCGCGCCGGCGGCGACGCCGCCGGCGACGAAGUCGGCCGCGCCCGACGCGCUCGACCUCUUCGAGGCGUCGCCGGCCAAGGGCGCGAAGACGCCCGUGCCCAAGCUGCGCUUCUCCGACGAGCCCGCGACGCCGGCCCCGAAGCGGGACGACGCGGCGCCGCCGCCGCCCGUCGUCGUCGGACGACGCGAGUACGGAGCCGCGCUCGUCCACGCGGUCGUCGCGCGCGCGGCGGGCUGCGCCGCCGUGCUCCUGAGCCUGCUGGACGUCGUCGGCCCGAAGCGGGCCGCGCGCGAGGCCCGGGGCGCGCUGAGCGCCGCCGAGGACGCGCUCGGCCUCCGCGACGCGCGGACGGGCGAAACCGUCGGCGCCGCGCUCCUCGGCGAGGCGUCGCGCGGCGCGGCGCCCUGGGCGGGCGACGGCCCGCCGGACCUCGCGGGCCUCGGCGCGGCGGUGCGCGCGUCCCUCGAGGAGCGCUUCCCGGAGCAGGCGGCGGCGGUCCUCGGCCGCGCGGCCGUCGACGCGUGGCGCGCGCUCGAGGCCGCGGUCGCGGGCGGGUCCGUCCACGGCCGCUCCGACGCCGCGGCGGCGGCGGCGGCGCGCGCCGUCGUCGCCGACGCCCUCGGCGGCGGCCGGGGCCUCGGCCGCGCGCCCUGCGCGCCGCUGAGCACGCUCCGGCCCGACGCGCACCGCGACCGCGCGUUUCGCUGGGCGCCCCUCCAGGCGGCGACGAAGCUGAGCCGCGCGGGGUCGAACCGGCUCUCCGUCGCCGUCGCCGGCGCCGGCAGCGACCCGCGCGCCGCGUGCCGCGCGCGCUUCGACGCCGAGCCCGCGGCGCCGCCGCUACUCGCGAGCUUGAUCCUGUCCGCGGCCGGCGGCGGCGCGCCGCGGCGCCUCGAGGCGCUCCUCGACGCCGCGGUCGCGAGCCCGUCCUGGAGCCUGCGGGAGGCCGUCGGCUGCGGCCCGACGGACCGGCGCUUCGACGGCCACUGGCGCGACGCGCCGCGGCGGCGCACCGCGCUCCACGCGGCCUGCGCGUCCGGCUGCGCCGACGGCGCCGCGGCGCUCGCCCGCGCCUUCCUCAAGCACGACCCCGCCUACGCCGCCCGCCUGCCGUCGCUGCCGGACGCCCUGGGCCAAUCGCCGCUGGGAGCGUGCGCGGACCGCGCGGGCGGCGACGACGCGGGGAGCGCGCGCUGCGUCGCCGCGCUGCUCGCGCUCGGCGCGGACCCGGACGCCCGCGACGUGCGCGUGCGGCGCGACGCGGGGCCCGUGGCGAGCGUCUUGGCCGCCUGCGUCGGCGCGCGCGCCGCGCGGGUGUGGGGAGCGCCGCCGCUCCACGAGUGCCUCCGCCGCGGCGCGCCGCGGACCGCGCGCGAGCUGCUCGCGGGCGGCGCCGACGCGACGCUGCCCUUCCUCAAGCGCGCGGAGAGGCGCGGCGACGACGUCUCCGCGCGCGACUGGGCGCUGGGCUCCGGCGACACGGCCGCGACGUGGCGGCGCGCCGUCGCCGCGUACGUCCUCGACGCGCCCCGGGACGUGUCCUCGGCAGAGGUCGCCUGCGACGACGCGCGGAGCCCGCUCAACUCAAUUCUGCGGUUGGGCGAGGCGCCGGUCGCCGCGGAGCGCAGCGGCCGCGUCGCCGCGAUCGACUGCGCGGAGCUCCGCGCGCGCGUGCUGAGCUUCGACCCCUCCGACGCUCACCGCGCCGCCCCGCCGCUGCCGCGGCCCGUCGCCGAGGCGAUCGCGCGCGCCUUUGCGACGUGCGCCGGGGGCGGCGACGGCGUCGCGCUCGCCGUCGCGGCCAAGUUUCUCGCGUCCAGGCGCGCGCGCGCGCUCCUCGUCGACGCGCCCCACGGCCCGCGCCUCGCUCUGGGGCGGGCGGACGAGACGAGCGGCGUCUCCGCGGCCCUGGCGCGGCGCGCGGUCGACAAGCUCGGCGAGCGGCUCCUGGCGGACCUGAAGCGCGAGCGCGACAAGGGCGCCCUGUCGUCGCCGCGCAAGGAGGCGCUCCUCGUCUGGGAGACCGUCUUCGACGCCGCGCGGGGCGCAACGUUCGCGGACGCGCCCGCGAGCGUCUUCGAGCGCGCGGGCUCGUACGUCGCCAAGGUCCACGCGAAUCUCUCGAAGGCCUCGGGCGCGUCGCCGCGCCUGAGCGCCAAGGCCGGGCCCCACCGCGCGACGAGGGAAUUGCACAUCGCCGUGACCGCGGGGCCGCCCGCGGCUUUGGACGUCGCGCUGCCCAAGGGCCUCUUCGAGUGCGACGAGCGCGUCAGGGCGCGCGUCCGCGUCGUCGACAAGCUCGGGAACCUCUGCUCGGGGACGCACUACACGGCCUUCGUGACCCUCGAGCUCUACGAGGUCCGCGAGGACCCGGCGAAGCGGGAGACGGUGACGGAGGACGACGCAGACGAGGCGGAGCACGACACGACGCAGGUCGACGCGCCGGCGACGGACGCACCGCUCCCCGAGGCGGCGAGCGGGGCCGCCGUUUCGAAGGAGGAGGCGAAGAAGAGCGCCGCGCUCGCGGAGGUCGCCGCCGCCGCGGUCAACGCCGCGAAGAAGCGGGAGAAGCCGCCGGCGAAGUUCCUCCUGGGCACGAAGCGCCAGUUCCCCGCCGUCGCCGCGGCCAAGGGGCCCCUGGGCAAGGAGGCGGCGAAGCACAAGGGCCUCGACACCGUCGACGGCGUCGCGGACUUCGCGGGCGUCGACGCUCGCUGCGCGGGCGCGGGCGCGUACUGCGUCGUCGCGCGGGGCAAGGUCUGGCUCGCGGGGGGCAAGGCGUCCGUCGACGUCUGCGGCGCGUCGCCCCUCUUCGACGUCGUCAACGGCCCGCCGGCGAAGAUCAGCUUCGCGCCCGACGCGUCCAAGGCCGUCUUCCCGCCGCCCGACGACCGGCUCCUCGUCGCCGAGGAGCUCUGGACGAGCGUGCUGCCGACCUUCAAGGUCACGGACGCCGCGGGCCACGUCGUACGAGCCUCGGACGCGGCGCCCUUCACGAUCUACCUGACGAUCAUGCGCUGCGCGUCGGAGAACGUCGACGGCGACGCGACGGAGCGGGUCCGGCACGCGGCCGCGAUCGCCAAGCUCCAGGAGGAGCAGCGGCUGACGAGGACCUGGUGCCCCAUGCUCCUGGGCAUCACGGCGAAGACGUUCAAGGCGUCGCCGGAGGGCCUCGCGGCCUUUGACGCGUCCGAGGAGCUCGCGGCGCCGCUGCCCGGCCGCUACCGGCUCAAGGCGUCGCUGAUGACGCGGUCCGGCGACAUGGGCGAGUGGGCCCACGUCGCCCGCUGCUUCUCGCGGCCCUUCGACGUGGUGCCGCCCCUGGACUGGCUCGACGACGACCAGCGGCCCGACGACCCGGCCGCGCCGCGGACGAUGCCGAAGGAGAACCCGUGGCUCGCGAACGCGUGCUGGUUCCACGCCACGGAGGAGGAGGUGGCGCACAUCACGGAGACCCUGGCGAAGAUCGAGAAAACCGAGAAGGAGAUCGCGGAGCUGACGGAGCGGAAGCGCGUCGCGGAGGAGAAGACCGCGCGGAAUCUCGACCGGUGGGCGGCGGAGAAGGCCGCGGCCACCGCCGCGGGCCGCGCGCUCGUGGACCAGUGGCUCGAGCGCACGGGCGGCAAGAAGAAGGAGUACGCGCCGAAGCCAUCGGAGGACCGACCGGGCUUCAAGAGCUACGACCCGCCGCACGCGGGCCUCCGCGUGGACCAGGAGAAGCAGCGGUGCCUCGCGCUCGCGCGCUACAAGUUCAUCCUGAAGAAGGACCUCGAGGAGGUCAAGGCCGACCUGAAGAAGCAGAAAGCCUUGGCGCAGGAGCGGAAGAAGAAACUCCCGUUCUCGAAGCCGCCGGCGAAGACGAAGGACGACGAGGCGGACGACGACUUCGACCCGGAGGAGCCCGUCAAACACAUGGACGACCUGGCCUGCGGCCUCAUCCCCCGCGACGUCAUCGAAAAGCUCGUCGACGACCCGAACCUGCCGGGGCGGCCCGCGGCGGCCUACGGCGCCUGCGACAAGCGCGAGGCGCUCGACGCGGUGACCGCGGCGCUCAGGCGAGGCCGCGCGCCGCCGGACGCCGCCGCGGACCUCGAGGACGAGGCGCGCUGCGCGGCGCGCGACGGCGCCUACGCCGCGGCCGUGCGCGGCGCCGGUGAGUCGCGCAAAGCCGUCGUCGAGGCGCACGACUUCCUCCGCGCGUCGUUCAUCCGCCAGUGCCGCCAGUGCCGCGACGCCAAGGACGACAAGAAGCUCAAGCACUCGCUCCAGGUCAACCUCGGCGGCUACGACCACGUGAAGCGGCUCGCCGCCGAGGCCCUCGUCUCCGCGGCGGAGCGCGUCGACGCCAUCCUGGGCAAGCACCGCGCGCGCGCGCGCGACUGGGCCGAGGUCGACGCGAUCACGGCCGCGCGCGUCACGCCGACCGAAAAGCGCAAAAAGCAGAUGAUCGGCGGCGACGACCUCUUCGCCCAGUGGGCGCGCUGCGCCUUCGACCACAUCAUCGCCGACUACGUGCGCGCGUUCAACCACAAGGCCGCGGAGACGCGCCACUUCCGGAAGCUGCCGUCGGGCCACGCGUGCGACGGGCGCUUCCUCGAGAGCCCGACGACGGACAAGGGCGUGCCGACGGGGCCCCUCUACAGCCGCGCGGCCGUGUCCUUCGCGGACCCGCUCGCGCUCGUCGCCUUCUUCGACGCGCUCGCGGAUCCGGACCGGCGGUCCAGGGACGCGGGCGGCCGAAGCCGGGACGACGGCCCCGCGGUCCACUUCGACGUGCUGGCGCUCUACAACGGCCUGCGGAGCGAGACGGCCGCGGAGCACGCGGACCACGAGCACGCGGACCGCAAGCGCGCCAAGUCCUUCACGGCGCGGAAACCGAAGCGCCAGACGUUCGCGGACCCGCGGAACUGCGCGCUGCUGCUGAGGCUGCGGCGCUUCGGCUGCGACUUCGAACUGAGCCUGGGCCUCCACGACGUCGAGCCCUUCCGCGUCGACGCGCGCGAGUACGACCGCCUGGCCGGCGCCCUCACGAAGGACACGUGGAACGACUACUUCGCGCCGACGUCCGUCUAUCUCUGCGCGUGCCUCUACUUCGGUGCAGCGGCCUCCUACGGCGACACGACGGCGAUGCGCGGCGGCGCCGCCGCCGCUGCGCCGCGCGCCUUGGAGUCGCCGACGGCGAAGGAGGCCGCGCCGGUUCCCGAGAACGAGGACCCGCGCGCGCAGAACAAGGACCUGCACGCCGAGAACGAGGACCUCCGCGAGCGCCUCGCGGCGGCGGAGGCGAGCCUCGAGCUCGCGAAGUCUCGCGCAUUGGAGCCCGCGCCGCGCGCCUUGGAGCCCGCGCGCGCCUCCUACGGCGACACGACGGCGAUGCGCGGCGGCGCCGCCGCCGCGCCGCGCGUCUUGACCGCUCGCGAGGGUCGCGCGCCGAGGAGCCUCGACGUUUAUUUGAUCGUCGCGGGCGUCCAGAAGUGCGGCACCUCGGACACGCCGCCGCAGCUCCCGAGGCGCACGAAGCUCAUGGGCCCGGCGGUCACCGCGCGCGUCUCGCGGACGACGAAGUCCAUCAUGGGCCCGCCCAUGCCCGUCGCGACGACGGACACGGGCACGCCGCCGUAGGUCGACGUGAAGGUCGUGAAGCCCCGGGCGCU